UUGUAGCCAUCAGAAAGAUUUUCAAGAUAGCGACGAAGAAUCGGUCCUGGCUGUUAGAAGACUAGAGCAGCUAGGAAGUGACAGAUCAGAUUACAGUGACAUUCUCAACCCACCACUUCCCACAGAAAUCAUGUCAAGUAUAGAAAGCAGUUCCAGUGACUCAGAAGAGAGUAGCUCUGGCUCAGAAUCAAAAGAAAGUAAUUUGUCUGGAAGAGUUUCUCCAGAAUCACCAGCAAAGCAUAGUACUCAAAGCUGGAGUCUUGCUAACUUUAUGGAAAAGAAAGACUUGCGCCCUUUAGCAUCAUUAAAAGAUGCAAAUUCAAGUAGUUACCAUCAUAAAGUUCAACAUCCUGUGAUGAGCAAUCAACAGAAUAUCACACUGGAUUUGGCUGAUAAAGAUUCUGUUAAUUGGAUUCUAGGAAAAUAUUCUAGUGAUGAUAUUAAGGAUUAUUUACAAAGUCCAAGCCCUAACUUACUGGAUUUUGAUUCUGAGGCCUUGUCACCAAACCGCGAGGGCCAGCUGUUGUUGUCACCCAUUAUUUCAUCACCACUGCUAAAAGAAGAAGACACUGAAUCAGAAAAGGAUGCCUUAAAUACACAUCUUUCUGAGGAAGAAAAGUGUAGAAGUGAGAUACAAAGAAACAACAAUAUCAGAUGGUUAGAAAAGAACUAUGGCAGUGAAACUAAAGGGGCUUUUGCUGAUCAGGAACACUGUGUCAAAGUACAAGUACAUACAGGGAAAACAGAAGAAAAUCUUAAUAUAUCAGAGAGUGAAAAAAGUACAAAUAUAUUUUGUAAUCAAUAUAGUUCAAGCCUUUCUUUUACUCCCGAGAUGUCCAGCUCAACUGUGUCUAGAGCCGAUAGUACAGUGAAAAGUUCUAGGCCAACAAACAAGUCUACUAUAUAUGAUUCUCCAUUGCAUAGUUCAAGUAGUAAUAACUCCUAUAAAUAUUUAACUUCAUUUAAGUAUAGUCAAGAAACCAUACAAAAUAACCAUUAUAAGACUAAAAAAACAACAGCAACUAGUAAAAGCCCACAAAAGCUUUUGUGUGAUGGUUAUGUAGAUAAAAGUAUUGCCAGAAAAGAAAUCUUUAAAAUGUCUGACCAUAAAAUGAAAAAUGGAUCAGGGAGGUUCACAGUGGCAAAGUCUGCGAGUUUACAUUCUGAAAAAAAAUCUCAUAAGCAAAAACCGAAAAGAAUGGUGAAAAGAAACACAUUAAAAAUAAAAUCUCAGGAGAUUAUCCAGUCAGAUUCAUCAGAUUCAGAUGAACAUGAAACAUUUAUAGCUCUAAGAAACGUUUCAUCCAAUGUGAAAAAUAUUGACAAUGAGAAAUUUUCUUUAAAAGAAAAAUCACCUAGUGUUACCUCUAGUUUGUCCAGAAGACAUAGACAAAAAAUUAAGAAUGGAGAUACCCAUAUAAUUUCUACUAAUGUAUCAAAUUCGUCUCAUUUAACUGACGUGAUUAAUGGUGUAGCUAAAGGAGACUUCCUGUGUUUAGACAGCUGCUCAGAUAACGAGAAGCAUGUGCCAUUAAAUGGAGAGAGUAAUCUACUGACCAAGUCAUUUGACUAUACAACAAUGCUUAACUGUGAGAAUCCCAUUAAAAUGGACUCGGCCAUAAUUCUCUCACCCAUUCAUAAUGGGAGGACACCUAAAGCUCUUCCAGAGCACAAAGAAAAUGCCAUUCCAUGUGUUCUAGUGAAUAUUAAUUUAGGUCUUAUAAACCGAGUGCCUGUAUAUCCACCAAUAGACAGGACUAUAUCUGGUAAAGAAAAAGAUAAAAUUCAAUCAAAAGACUCUAUCAAAUCCAGUCCAAGGGAACAUUUGAAAGAAAUAAAAGAUUUGAAUAGAAAAAGUGUUUGUUUAAGUCCUAUGUGUGAUAACCUAUCAUCAGUAAAGAGUAAAGAGAUAAGUACUCAAUCAACACCUAAAACUCAGAAGCGAAAAGCUGAAGAAGAUAACAGAGGGAAUGAAAAGAAACACAAAAUGUCUGCCACUGCCAGUAUACCCCCAGAAGCACAAGUUACUGUAAAACAUGCACUCAUGGAAAGGGACCAACUCUGGAGUUAUAAAUCUUCACAAAAAUCUUCAAGAAAUUGUGAUAGUCCAGCUAGUCUUUCAGUUUGUUCAUAUUCUAGCCACCAGAGUGUUCUCAGUGUGAGUUCAGCAGGAAAAAGCCACCACAAAGACAAAAAGGACGAGCUCACUAGCAGAUACAAGCUGAAAGUAAAGCCAUUGCAUUACAAUAAUGAUGUGGCAGAAACUUUCAUACCCCAUUCUUCCAAUAAAGAAAUAGAAAAUAGAGUGAAAAUGAAUGAUAAUGAAAAAUAUACUAGUUGCAGAGAUAUAGAGAAACACAGAAGCAAAAAGAACUUGAGCUCCGUGGCCAGUAAAAAAUGUAAAAGUAAUUUUACGAAAGAAAGCAGUCACAAGUCACAUAGUGAGAGAACCUUGAGCAGCUGCAAGGAGAUGUGUUCAGCUGAUCAAGAGGAGGGUGGUGAGAGCAGCCAUAUUAGAAACAUCCAGUCUUUAGAACAUAAUAAUAAUAAAGGACAAGAUUGGCCACUGUUUAAACAUAAGCUUUAUUUGGAUCAUCACAUGAAAAGUUUUUCUUCAGAUAACUACUUGAAUGAAGCAAAAGAAAUGAAACGCCAGGCAGACAGAGAGGUGGACAGAACUGUUCAAGCAAUGAAGUACCUGGAGGCUGUCUUGUACUUCACACUUACAGGCAAUGCAAUGGAGCACAAUCAUGUAGACAAUGACAAAGUAUACACAAUGUACAAAGAAACUUUAGGUUUAAUUAGGCAUAUUUCUUCCAAUUUUCAAAACAGUGAGCACACUUUUAGCUCUGGAAAUAUUGACAGAAGAUUAGCGGUGUUAAGUCUUAGGUGCCAGUCUCUGCUUUACUUAAAACUUUAUCGUCUUCAAAGAUUUGAAGUCAGGGAGCUACACAAAUCAUUAAGUGAAUUUCAGAAGUCUUCUGUUAGCCAGAUGGCUUCUUAUCCUUCUCCAUGCCACCACAGAAACUGUGGAGGGCCAGGUCCAAAUGGUGUUCCUUCGCCACACUCACCUACACCCUCACCAGCAGGAUCUCAGAGUAGUGGGUACAGUAGUAGUGAGUUGACUGGGUGCUGUAAUACCCUGCAGUCUAGGAAAGGCUAUAGCAAUUUUUACACAUUAGCCCCAAGCCACUUGCCAAGCACACAUCAUCAGAUUGUUGGAAUCCCUCAGAAUAUUUACAAUAAUUUGCUGAAGCAAAAUACCCUCCUUACUAACCUUCAUUUGUGUGUGGAUCUAUGGGAGCAAGCAGAUUGCCUGAUUGAACACAGUGGCUCAAGAGAAUUUUUCAGUGCUCUGGAUAAAAGCUGUGGACAUUUAACCCUUCACAGCUCUUUCUCCGACCUUGUUCGUUAUGUUCGAGCUGGACUUUACAGGCUAAAAGAAGGAAACUGAAACAAGCUGAUAUUUGAGUUCAGAUCAAAGGCAAACCUGCAGUAUCCCAAGAAAUCAUAUACAACAAUAAACUGUAAAUCAUCAUCACAUGUGAAUUAUAGUGAUGAAGGUAAUAUGCUUCAUCACAAAACAUAAUAUUUUUGUCAUGUCUAUAUUUCAUGAAUUGUAAACACUCCUUUCUUGGACAAUAGUGCCUAGAUUUGUGCACAGCACAUUGAUCUGUCCUUUAUUACUUGACCAGUGUAGAGAUUCAGUACAGAGUGGAGUUCACAAUCAUGAAAGAAGAGACUGACACAUGAAUUGAUUUGAGGUUUUUAUAGUAAGUAAUUUAUAAAUAUAUUAAUUGUGAUUUUUAAGGUCAGUUCUAAUAUUUACUUGUUUAAUUGUUUUGACAUUGAGCUUUGAAUUUAGCUAGCUGUUUCUAAGUCAGUGAAUAGAGUGCACAAAGUAUUUCUUAAGGUAAUAAACUUCCUUAUGCUUUGUAAAAAAAGCAAAAAAAAAAAGCUAGUUUCACAAGAAAAAUGAAUUCUUUUGCAACAUAUUGAGACAGCAAUGUUUAACAUUUGUAAGUAUUGUAACACAAUCAAAGUUUUUCGAAAACCCAAUCAAAAAAUAAUAAUGAUAAAGUUGUUAUAAGAAGAAUCUGAUUUUUCAUAUAAUGCAUACUUUAGAAGAGAGGUCUUUGAGAAGGCAUCCCAUGACAAAUUUUCAAACUUAUUUCCUCUUGUGACAAAACUAACUAAACUUAUCAAGGUGAAGAAUUUGUGUUGUUGUUGUUUGUACACUUUAGUGGAAAAACUGUGUUUGGUAAUUAGUUUAGAUAACAGCUUAAAGCCUGAAAUUUUUUAAUUAUUAAAUAUAUAACAUUUAUACAUAACAGAAGUUUUGCUUGUAGUUUUCAGUAAAAAAAAAUCAUGCUUGUACAAAUUGUGUUCAAAAUGUUUCAUAGUAAUAAUGUGAAAUUUAAAAAUACCUUUUAAAGUUUAGGCAGUUUUUAAUUUAAGAUUUUUAGAGAAAAUUUAUUUAAUAAUUUAAAUUAUGACUUGUUUACAAACUAAUUGAAAACUUAGAAGAUGGGUUUCUAUAAGAAGUAUUAAAGUUUAUUGGCUAAGCUUAGGUUAAAUAGCUGGAAGCUUAUGUUGACAGCAUCUUUUUGACUUUUAAUAACAAAAGUCAUUACUCUUGUACACUAACUUAGCUCAGAAGUUUCUUGUGUUCUUCUACAUUUAGUGGGUUUAGAGUCCUGUUGAAAAGACUGGCAAGUUUGCUGUUGAUAUUUUGUAGAGUCUUAACUAGCUAUUCUUGUUUGUAACAAUAAUAACAAAUAGGGACUUUUAAGAAUGUUCUACACUUGUAUUGUUUUUAAAUAUCCAAAAAUUU